UUUCCUUCGAACAAUUAUUAACCCUUUCGGGGUUUGCUGUAUGUGGUGGCUCUAGGGUUUAGGGCGGAGUUCUGCAGAGUGCAGAGGUAGAAAUCAACAUUCUUUUAUAGCUGCUUAAUUUAUGGAAGUCGAGGAACACCUCAUUAUUCCGACCCUACUAUUUGUUUCUGUAAAUUUUGAGAACAGUCGCGGGUUUUGUCAAUUUUGUUCUACCUCUGGCCCUCUUUAUGUAACCUAUUUGUUUGCUGCCCCUUGUAAAGCCUCUAUAUGUUUGACGACAGGGAUGAAGCAAUUAUUCGAUUACUCGUAGCAUGAGAAAAUAUGGAGGCUAUGGUUGGGCGAAUACAUGGCGUUAGCUGCAUCAGAAAGGAUUUCGAAACCAGCUUGAAUGAAAAAUAUAGAACAUACCCAGAUAGUGAAGUCAGUCAUAAAUAUGCCAGCAAGAUCAGGACGGUUAGAUCAUUAAAAAAUGUGGCAAAGACCUCAUACAGGAAAUAUGGUGGUCGUAUUCCAGAGCUUCUGUUAGCCCUGGAACGGAGGAAGAAGAUAGAAGAAGCACUUAGGCCCUGGGAGGCCACGCUGGAUGCAAAAGAGAUAAGCAUUAUACUCAAACAUCAGACCAAGUGGGAGAAGGCUGUUGAAAUCUUUAGAUGGUAUCAACAGAAAGACUGCAAUCAAAUCAAUGUUAUUCACUACAACAUACUGCUUAGAAUUCUGGGGAAAGCAAAGAAAUGGGACGAUUUAAAGAAAUUAUGGGAGGAAAUGGUGAGAAACAAGGUGAAACCUACACAUGCCACUUAUGCUACACUGAUUGAUUCGUAUGGUAAAGCUGGUCGGAAAGAAGAGGCUCUCCUGUGGUUGGACAGCAUGGCAGGGCAAGGCCUGCAUCCAGAUGAGGUCAUCAUGAGCACAGUAGUUCAUAUUCUUAAGAAGGCCGGGGAAUAUGAUAAAGCUGUACAGUUCUUCCAAGAUUGGUCUGUUGGGGAAAUUGUUCCUCGGGAUCAAGCGGGGCCUGAUUUGUCCAUUGUAGCAAUAAGCCCUCAUAACAACAGGAUCAUGAACCCUUGCAAUGGUGAUGCUCAAGUGGAUGCAGUCAUGAUAGAGAUGGAAAAGCUUGGCUGCUCACCAGACACAAUAACAUACAACACACUUAUGUCAUUGCAUGCUGAAAAUGGAAAUGUUGAGAAGGCAUCGUGGUACUUCACAAGGAUGAAGGAGGCGGGACUUAUUCCUAAUGCUGUGAGUUAUCGUACUAUUUUGUAUGCGUUUAGUAUUAGAAACAUGGUUAAUGAAGUUCAUAUUAUUGUUCAAGAGAUGGACGAAUUAAGAGUUAAUGUUGAUGAUUUCUCCAAAUCAGCUGUCAUUAGGAUGUACAUAGGCUUGGGGCUUCUUCAUCAAGCAUGGGCAUGGUUUGAAAGGUUCCAUGUUGGUGGACGGAUGAGUUCUGAAUGCUAUACCGCCUGCAUGGAUGCGUAUGGGGAACAGGGAUAUUGGUUAGAAGCUGAAAAGGUGUUCAAGUGCAGUCAAGGAGGGAGAAAACUAAGUGUACUGGAGUUUAAUGUCAUGAUCAAGGCCUAUGGAAUUGCAAAACUUCAGGACAAGGCUCUGAAGUUGUUUGAGAGCAUGGAGAGUCUAGGGGUUUUUCCUGACCGAUGCACGUAUAGUUCUCUUAUUCAAAUGUUUGCAAAAUCAAAUUGUUUGAAUGAUUCAAAACAUUUUAUUUCCAAAAUGCAAGAGCAAGGGUUUAUUCCAAGCUGUGGGUCAUUUUCUGCUGUCAUUGCUACCUGUGGACGGUUGGGUAAAACUGCAGAGGUUGAAAAGAUGUAUAAAUGGAUGUUGAAAGAACAGGUAGAGGCAGAUAUUACCGUCUAUGGUGCCUUGAUUGAUGCAUUCGCUGAAGCUGGGAAUGUGGAAAAAGCUGUUCAUUACUAUAGUGUAAUGAAAGAUGGCGGUUUUGCAGCAAACUCCGUAGUGUAUAGUGCUUUGAUUAAGAUGUACAGCAAAUGUGGCCUUUUGAAAGAAGCUCGAGAAACAUUCAGCAUGUUGAAGAAAUUGGGCGAUAAUGUAGACAUCUUUUCAUCAAAUUGUAUGAUUUAUCUUUAUAUUCGGGCUGGUUUGAUCAUUGAGGCACAAGAAUUAUUUCAGCACUUGAAGGAAAAUAGGCAAGCAAAUGAAUUCUCCCAUUCCAUGAUGUUGUCUUUCUAUAAAAGAAUUGAGAGAUACAACGAAGCAAUUGCAAUUGCAAAAGAAAUGCUGAACUCAGGGUUUCUUACUAAUGUUCUCUCUUUUAAUAAUGUCAUUGACCUCUAUGUUGCAGACGGGAGACUCAGGGAAGCUGCAAUGUUUUUGCAGAAAAUGUUAAAACUAGGAGUUUGUCCUAAUAAGAAUACAUGUAGAAUAUUGGGUAUACUUUUAAUGAAAGGAGGGAUUCCAAAAUGGACAGUGACGCAACUUGAGUCUUACCAUAAAGAUUACAACAUGCAACUUUUAAUAGGAACAGUUUAUUCUAUUGUGGGAAUGAAUGAUGAAGCUUUAGAAGCUUUAGGACCUCUCAGUGAAUUAGAAACUUUGAAUCCCGACUUAUUUUUUUACAAUGUUAUCAUAUAUGCUUUUGGUAGCACAGGCAAGAUUGAUGAAGCUUCUAAGAUGUUCUUGAACAUGCGGACCAGAGGCAUUGAGCCAGAUGCAACCACUUACACGAAUAUGAUAAUUGCCUAUGGGAAGUUAGGUUUGGUAGAACGUGUUAGAAGCAUGUUUCACCAAUUGAAACACAAAGGAAUUCAACCUGAUGAUUCCACAUUCACAGCUGUUAUAAAUGCUUAUAAAAGUGCCGGAAGGAGUCAUCUGGCCAAACUUGUUACCCAAGAAAGGGAUUAUAUGCAUUAUUUGCAAGAGCAUGGAAACUUUACACAGCAUUCUAUGCCUAUUUGAUCUGAAACUUCGUCCUUUUGCAAAGAAUUGAAAGAAAAGUUGGUAUAUGAGGCACACCCAUUUUGUUCUACUAACAUCUUCAAAAUUGUAUGAAAUCGGAACGGAUUUAUGUGAGGAGAGUCAUUUUUGUAUCUGACCGCAUAGUUUCCUGGGAUGUGUCUUGGGGACCGGGAUGUGACUCUGGUACCAGAGACGUCCCUGGAGAUGCAUCCAAAUGCAGGAAACGCAGUGAAAUGAAAAAAAUCCCAAUGUCCCCUCCCGUCUCCUGUAGAAAAUGAGACAUCCCCCGCUGGCGCUGGGAAAAAGAAGAAAAAGACAUCCCGUCUUUUGUUUUGCCUAAAAUGUGGCAAUUAAAAUCCUUAAAAGAUCGAUUGAUGUUGUUUUGAUGCAAAACAAAAGACCAAUUUUUAUCUAAAUGUGGGACGCAUGUUAUUUUUU